GGGGAGAGUGGGUACGAAAGUAACAUGUCCCGAUUGUAACACUGGAUUUUAUAAAAAAACUGGAACUGUAUACGUUCAUUUUUAAAUGCAGAAUUCUGCGCAAUUAAGUUCUGAAUGCACUCACAAAAAUUCAUAUGUCAAAGUACUGAACUGUGCCAUUGAGAGUUAAAAACGGUAAAUUUGUUUAAAAAACAUUUUUUUUUUUGUGGUGAGUUUUUCGAUAUAUUUUUUUCAAUAAUUAUUUUUUUUUAAAGUGGUAAGGUCCUGGACAAAGUUCAUUGUAUUCUUAAUCCAAUGGACCUUAAGUUUUUUUAAUAAACACAACAGUUUCUUUUUUAUUGUGUCAUUAAUGUAAAAAAAAGAGAUGUGGACGUUUGUAACAUUUUUCGUGUGGACAUUUGUAACAUGUUACAAUCGUCCACACAAAAAAUGUCAUGUAAAAGUUCUUGUUUUGAUUUUCAACUCGCACCGCAGUUACUUAAAAUUAAUAAAAAGAUAGCAGUUUACAACAAGAAUGCCACGAAAAAGAAUCAGAACAACCUCGCGUGGCAUGGUUUCAAAACAGAUCAUGGCAAAUGCAGCCAAUGAAGUUCUCAAAUAUGGAAAAUCCAUUCGAAGUGUCGCAAAAGUAUUUAACAUCUGCCAUGUAACUUUAAGUCGAUUUGUAAAAAAAACAACAUUUGCUGAAGACUCUCCUGAGGACACCGUUUACCCAGAGAUUGGAUAUAGGUCCCACAAUAGGGUAUUUAAUGAUGAAUUCGAAGAUAAGUUGGAAGCUUAUAUAAACCACUGUGCCGAUUUAUAUUAUGGGCUUACCACUAAAUGCGUCCGGAAGAUGGCAUACCAAGUGGCAAGUUAUUAUAAGUUAGAAAUGCCCAAGAAUUGGAAACUAAAUGGAAUGGCAGGCCAAGAAUGGCUUAUAUCUUUUAUGAGCCGCAAGAAUACCCUGGCUAUUCGGAAACCGGAGCCAACUAGUUUGGCUAGGUCAAUGAACUUCAACAAGCCCAAUGUGACGAAGUUCUUCAAUAAUUUGCUAGAUGUUAUGGAUCGGUUUAAUUUUCAGCCUCAAGAUGUAUUUAACAUCGAUGAGACGGGCCUUACAACAGUGCACAAACCCACAAACGUCAUUGCAAAAAAAGGCAAGAAACAAGUUGGAGCCAUUUCAUCUGCUGAACGAGGAACUCUGGUGACCAUGUGUCUUGGUGUCAACGCUAUUGGCAAUGCAAUUCCGCCUUUGUUUAUAUUUCCCCUCAAGAAAUACAACCCGGCAUUUCUUAAAGGAGGACCAAUCGGCAGUAUUGGAGCAUCAAAUAAGUCGGGAUGGAUGCAAUCGGAGUUUUUAAACUUUAUGGAACACCUGGUUAAACAUACCAAUGCCUCCGAAACCAAUCGCAAAUUGGUCCUCCUUGAUAAUCACCAAUCACACCUUUCUCUGCCAGUAGUUAAUUUCUGCAAAGAAAAUGGUAUCGUGCUACUAACUUUCCCACCUCACUGCUCACAUAAACUUCAGCCAUUAGAUCGAAGUGUUUUUGGACCAAUGAAAACCUAUUUCAAUCAGGCAUGUGGAAAUUGGAUGAGGUCUAAUGCAGGAAAUCGAAUAAAAAUAUACGAUAUACCCGAGCUUGCAAAGAUUGCACUGGAAAAAGCAGCAACACCCACAAAUAUUUUGUCAGGCUUCAGGGUAUCCGGAAUUUGGCCAGUUAAUCCAGAUAUUUUCGGGGAUGAUGAGUUUUCCCCUAGCGAUGUCACUGAUAGACCGAAUCCACUUGAAGUUCAAACCCAAUCAUUAGCUUCAACUUCAUCUCAAGCUGCGCUGAUGCCAGAAGCCAUCUCGAACUUAAAUUUGUCCCCUGCUACACCUCUUACUGCAACAGAAAAUGCUUUUUCUCCAGAAAUUGUUAUGCCGUACCCAAAAUCAAAACUCGCAGCUGUUCCUGCAAGAGGUGGAAGAAAAAGGGGGCGGACAACUAUCCUCACGGAUACUCCUGAAAAAAUAGCAUUAGAAGAAGAAGCAAAGAAGAAAUUAAAUAACAAAUCCAAGCCAAUUCAGAAAAAGAAGCCGAAAAAAAAUAAAAGAUUAAAUCGUAAAAGUUCAUGUGAUGCGAUAAGUUCAAGUGAAGAAGAAGAUUCCGUUUGCUUCUAUUGCCUGGGAAAAUUCUCUCAAUCCCUUCCGAAGGAGCAGUGGGUCCAAUGUACGUCCUGCAAAAUGUGGGUUCACACUAGGUGUGUGGGAGACAAGUCAAAACAGCUUUUCUUCCAAUGCAGAAACUGUGAGUCCGAUACCGAUUAGGUAGAGAUUUUAUAUUUGUUUUUAUGAAUGUGUACAAUUUUAUGUUUUUUUUUUAUUUUAAAUUGAAUUUAAUCUUGUUUUUGUUUAUUUAUGUUUUGUUUUGUUUAUUUUGUUGCCUACUAUGAAAUAAUAUAUGUAUUGUGAUUGAAGUGACUUAUUAAGUGUAACAUACGUAUCUCAAGGCUGUUCAAAGUACCAACGAAUUGGUAUUAUUUUUUUUUGUUAAUAAUUAACUUACUUACUUACUAUAGUUAUAAAUUUCAAAUGAAUUUUGAAAAUAAAUCUGAUGUGAAACCAAUUCUUAUCGUUUUUCUAUUACAUUUAUAUGAUGUUACAAUCGUCCUUUCAUUGUGUUACAAUUGAUACACGGGAAAGGACGAUUGUAACAUUCGACUUUCAUCUCUUUUUCACAGGAUGCAGCCGGAGAAAGUAGAAAGUUGGAAAGUGAAUAAUAGUUUAAUGGUAGGCAAAUGUCCACUUGUCAAUAUGCGCGUUUUUUCAUUUAGCUGUGUAUUUUGAGUUUCAACAUAUGGCACAAAAUGUACAAAUUGUUACUUUCGUACCCACUC